AUGUCCCCAGCUGAGCGAAACUACAGCCAGCUGGACAAAGAGGCCCUCGCCAUCGUGGCUAGCACAAAGCGAUUCCACGAGUACCUAUAUGGAAGGCAUUUCCGGGGUUGUGUACUAUGGGGGGAAAGAGUCGUGAUCCCACAAGCCCUACGGAAAAAGGUGAUUAAUAUCUUACACGUGGGGCACCCGGGGAUCGUGCGUAUGAAAGCGCUGGCUCGGAGCUAUUUGUGGUGGCCACAGCUGGACAAGGACAUACAGGAGUGGGUAGCCACCUGCGAGCCUUGCCAGGAAUCCCGCUCAGCCCCACCGAAAGCAACCCCAUUGGAGUGGGAGAUCCCACGAGUACCGUGGUCCCGUCUCCACGUUGACUUUGCCGGCCCCGUGGAGGGCCGAUCUUAUUUAAUAACGGUGGAUGCCUACUCGAAGUGGUUGGAGGUGAUCCCCAUGCUGUCCACCACAACGAGUGCUACCAUCAAGGCCCUGGACGGACUGUUCGCGACCCACGGAUUACCUGAUAAUGGCCCUCAAUUUACCUCUUUUGAGUUCCAGGCUUUUCUUCAGGCCAACUUGAUCCAGCAUGCGACUUCUGCUCCCUUCCACCCAUCCUCCAACGGACAGGCAGAGAGAAUGAUGCGCACUACCAAAGAUGCUCUCAAGAAACUGACUUACGGUAACUGGCAUCACAGGUUAGCAGAUUUCCUUCUUGCACACCACACCACACCUUGCACAGCCACAGGGAAGAGCCCUCCAGAACUCCACUGGGGUCGCCGCCUCAUCACCAAACUGGACAGGUUGCACGGGUUUACCUGCGUGCAGACCCGAGCAUUUCCACCCUCCUUGCAUUUGAAUAAUGCAUCUGUGUCCACCAUCCCUACAUUGCACAAUGCACCUGUGCGUAAGCCAGCUGCCCUUGAAAUUCACUUGGAAAUUACAGCUGGUACAAAAUGCAGCAACAUGGACAUUGUUAGGCAUGCUUCAUUACACCUAUGUGACCCUAUGAGCUACAUCGAUUACUUGUUGGUUCCUGGAGGUCCAGAGACCUCCCACUGUAAUGAUCAGAAAGCUAUAAAAGACUUAGCUUGA